UGGCAGUAAGAUCAAUUAUAUUUUGUGAAGCUCACAGUACUCCGUAAACAAUUCCUAGACAUUAUGAAGCUAUCUUGAAGCUUUCUUGCUUAGCAAUCCAUCUUUCUCUCGAUUCCUAUUCCUCCGUGAUGAGCUGCAUGCAUCAGAUCCGGUGACCUCCCAAAUGGCCUCGAGAUUCCCCUAAAGAACAAGAACGCCGUAUAAGUCACCAUGUUCUCGACAAUCGCGAAUGCGCCGGCGAAACAGUCCGUAGGCGAGACAAUUGCGGUUCUGAGUGGUCGCCUGAAUUCUGCGACACUUCUCGAGGACCGACGAGCCGCCAUUCUCGGCCUCCGGAGCUUUGCGAAAGAUUAUCCUGCAUCUGUGGCUUCUGGCGCCCUGAGGAGCUUAAUCGGGAGUCUUUCAAACGAUGGCGAGGAUGUGGACACAGUCAAGGUGGUCCUUGAGACCCUCCUGAUGCUCUUCAAUCCUAAUCAGAACAGUCCCGAAGCCUCAGAAGACAUAGCAUUAUGGCUGGCCGACGAGUUCACCCAGCGACAAGAGAACGUGACGCUGCUCCUCGACUUCCUCGAAACCAACGACUUCUAUUCGAGGUUAUAUUCACUGCAACUUCUUGCAGCAGUGCUGUCAGCACGCGCUGAUAGAACCGAGGCUUGCGUAUUCGCAGCUCCUCUAGGAAUUUCAAGUCUGGUAGCUGUCUUGGACGAUCGGCGAGAGGCGGUUAGAAACGAAGCCGUAUCUCUCUUGACAUACUUGACACCCACAUCACCGGACAUACAGAAGGCCGUGGCUUUUCAGGGGGCAUACGGGAAGAUAUUUGCGAUCAUCUCCGCCGAAGGUGGUUUGUCUGAGGGCGACAGGAUCGUUGAGGACUGUUUAGUGUUACUGGUAAAUCUACUUCGGCUAAACACGUCCAACCAAUACACAUUUCGCGAAGAAGGAUACGUAGCCCAGCUGUCGCAGCUGCUCAAAACCACAUACGACCUCGCAAAAGACGCAGAAGAGGUGGCCCAAUGGGCGCAGCAGCAGGGAAACCGGAACACGUAUGCUUUACUUGCUAUUGUUCGGUUGUUUCUUUCGCCAGGUGAAAAGGAGACGGCCUUGAACCAGAAAGCCUUCUGGCAACAUGGAGUACUAUACCAUGCUCUACAGCUAGCGUUUGCCCAGGCGUCAGACAUCUCGAUACGCGCCGAAGCGCUAUCAGGCUAUAAAAGUGGAAGUGACGAGACUGCUAAUGUCCUCACGACGCUUCUGCAGCCAACAGCUCUGGCAUCUAGCGAUCCAUACCGUCAUUGGUUUGCGGCCGUCGUAUUGUUACAUCUGCUACAUGAAGAUGAGGACACUCAAGAACCAAGGGCCAAGAAAUUAGCCAUGUCUCUUACCGACGGCGAUGCUGACAGCGGCGAAGAAGUUGUCACAGCAAUACAAACCAUUACAGCACAUUUACUCAGUGGCAUGAAGUCAGAUAUUGAUGAGCGAAUAAUCGUUGGAUACUUGAUGUUGCUCAUCGUUUGGUUGUGGCAUAAUCCAGAUGGAGUGGCCGACUUCCUGGGAGAGGGCAGCCAUCUUCAAGGACUCACUGAGGUUGUUCAAAACCCAAAGAGCAACGCAGUGGUCCGAGGCUUAUGUGCAAUGCUCUUGGGCGUUAUUUACGAAUACUCUACCAAAGAUUCCCCAAUUCCGCGUGCGUCUUUGCAUGAUGCUUUGCUCACCCGCAUGAGCCGGGGGAAUUACCAAGUAUCUCUACGGGACCUCCUCAGACAUCCCCUGAUCAGGGAUUUUGACCUGAUCCCUCAGAAAGCAGACGAUUCUGGUGAGUCACCGGAAGUCUUCUUCGAUGCUACGUUUGUGGAUUUUUAUAAAGACCACUGCAGCUACGUCAUCCGCGCAAUCGACACAGAUCCUGCCAUUGAAACGUCCGUAGUGAUCAAUGGUGAAGAAAAAGGUGUUUCUCGUCAACUUGUCGAUGAUUUACGUGCUGAACUUGAUGCCGCCCGAGCAAAGCAAGACGAGUAUUACCAGAACUGGCAGUCUACGCUUGUUGAUGGCACAAGUUCAAGUCAACAGCUCAACCAGCAGUUGCAGAAUGCAGUAGGAGAGGUUACAAGGAUCAAAGGUCUCAACGAGGCUCUGCAUCGAAACCACGAGGAGGAACAACUCAAGUCGACUGAAGAGCAGGCAACGGCCAAAACAGCUGAGAUACAAAGGCAACUGGACUACGUCAAGAAGACGUCAGAAGCCGAAGCUGCACGGAAAGAGAGACGUACUGGAGCUGAGAUCGCAGACCUACGUGCUACGAUUAGUCGCUUGGAAGUCGAUCUUUUGAAGGCAAACAAGCUUCAUACGCAAGAACUACAUACUGCCAAGGAAGAGGCUACAGCUGAAGCCGCCAAAGUCAAGGAGGCUGAAAAGCGGGUUCAAGAUGUGCAAGCCCAGUUGAAACAUGCGCAAGAAUCGGCAACAGAGCUCCAACAAGCCAAGGCUCAAACGAAACACCAAAACAACGAAGAACUCGAGAAACUCGCGAAGAAGGACGACGAGGUGAGGCAAAAGGAAGCUCAACUCAAGGCCAAGGAUGACGACAAGGCGGCUACGCAGACGGAGUUGGACGAUCUCCUCAUGGUCUUCGGUGACCUUGAGGAGAAGGUUGAGAAGUAUAAGAAACAAGUAGAACAGCUUGGCGGGACAGUAUCAGAAGACGAAGAUGAAGACGACGAGGACGAGGACGAGGACGAAGAUGACGACGAAUCGUCCGACUCCAGAGAAGAGGAUGAAGAGGGCUGGGAUGAUGUCGACCAAGACGAGGAGGAAACCCAGCAGGUCAUUUCCCUGCUCGACGACAAGGUAUUCCCGGAUGUUCUGUCCAUGUUAGACUACUGCAAGGAGAAGCACAGUUUCGACUUUCUGGCUCUACGACAGAAGCUGCAGCUGGAUUUCCAUGGCUGUGUCAAGUUGGUUAACUAUAUCCGCUCGCGGGUCCAUGAAGGGCAGGCCGUAACUGAGGACAUAUCGAAAUCCGAUAUUGAGUCAGACCAAUACCUGAAGCCGGUCCUGGACGACGAUGCCGUCAUCAUCGGGAUUUUCGAUCUUCCGGAUGUCGUGCCGGAGGCUGCACCUUCGUCCGCACAGGCACAAGACGCCUCCGUGGUCGACGACCUGCUCAAGCGCAACACGGAGCUUCAGGAGAACCUCCUGCGCGUCACUGCCCAGUUCGAGAGCUACCGCGCCACCGUCUCCGAGACUCUGGACCAGCGCUGGGGCGACGCCGAUGCCGCGGAGGCGGAGGCCAAGACUGCCGGCAAGGAGGUAGCCGGCCGGAAGAAGCCAGAGGAUGCAUCGCAUUAUUACUGGGAGUCAUAUGCUGGAAACGAUAUUCAUGAGACCAUGCUCAAGGACAAAGUCCGCACCGAGGGCUACCGCGACUUCAUCUACAACAACAAGCACCUCUUCGCGGGCAAGACGGUGCUGGACAUCGGCUGCGGCACGGGCAUCCUGUCCAUGUUCUGCGCCAAGGCGGGCGCGGCGCAGGUCAUCUCGGUCGACGCCAGCGACAUCAUCAACAAGGCGCGCGAGAACGUCAUCACGGCGGGCCUGUCGUCGACCAUCACGCUGAUCAAGGGCAAGAUGGAGGAGGUGGUGCUGCCCGUGGACAAGGUGGACAUCAUCGUGAGCGAGUGGAUGGGGUACUGCCUCCUGUACGAGGCCAUGCUGCCCUCGGUCCUCUACGCGCGGGACCGGUACCUCCGGCCCGACGGCCUGCUGGUGCCCAGCGCCUGCAACAUGUGGGUGGCGCCCGUGGCGGACCCCGAGUACGUCAUGGACAACGUGCACUUCUGGCGCGACGUCUACGGCUUCGACAUGAAGGCCAUGCAGCCCGGCAUCUGGGACGAGGUCCGCGUCCUGCACUGGCCCAAGGACACCGUCUGCGGCCAGCCCGCCGGGAUCAAGCUCCUCGACCUCUACACCAUCAAGGCCGAGGACCUCACCUUCUCCGCCACGUGGAAAUCACAGCUCACCCAGGACAUCGAUGCGCUCGACGGCCUGCUGGUCUGGUUCGACAACUUCUUCGCGCCGACGCGCGACGGCCAGGAGGUCGAUAUCAACUCGGUGGCCGACGAGUGGGUCAAGGGAAACAAGGACCGCGUGGCCUUCACGACGGGCCCCUUCAACACCGAGACACACUGGAGGCAGGGAUUCCUGAUGGCCAAGUACAAGGAGGGCGAGUCGACGGCCUUCAAGAAGGGCGACGUGAUCGAGGGAGAUAUCACGUUUGCGCCCCCUGAGGACAUGCCCAGAGGGUUGAUCAUCAAGGCGAACUGGAACACAGAGGGCCAGGACAAGAAGCACAGUCAGUCUUGGGAUAUGCGAUAA